GGUCAAUGCCACUCCAUCUCACCGGCUUCCGAACUCAGAAUAUCUCCAACCCCACAGAAUCGCGUGCUUCCCCAAUCUUUAACUCGUUGAACUGCGAUAAACGUUUGUUAGCAUAGACCAUUGAUCGCCUUGCUUGCGUUCCCCAAUAGCUUGUUUUUAUUUUGAAUCACGAGGCCAAGAUGAGGAUCCAAUAAUUCCAUACAUAUUUCAUCUCCCCCCGCCUCCACGCACAUUGCACCGCCGAUAACCACUGCCAUUCGACCUUGCGCUCCGGACAUAGAAUACUAGAUUUUAUCGCAAACGAUACCCUGAUUGAGAAUUUAUAUACUGAACAAAAUGUCAUCCGCGACAAAGCAGCUCACCAAGGCUGCCCGCAUCAUCCUCGUCGGCGCCCCCGGCGUGGGGAAAGGAACACAAACCGAAAGACUCCUUACACGAUUCCCACAACUAGCAUCAAUAAGCUCAGGCGACAUCUUACGGGACAAUGUGCGCAGGAAAACACCAUUGGGCCUCAAAGCAGAAGCCGUCAUGCAAUCCGGCAACCUCGUCCCCGAUUCAAUGAUGCUCGAUCUGAUCUCCUCCGAAUUCAAGUCCAAGGGCUGGCUCUCAAACACACCGCCCUCGUCGCAACGGACAACCCCCAUCUCCCCCAAUGCCUCCUUCAUCCUCGACGGCUUCCCGCGAACCGUCGCGCAGGCCGGUAGCCUGGACAAGAUCGUACCCGUGAACUUCGUCGUGCACCUCCUCACACCCCCGUCAGUGAUCCUCUCUCGAAUAGGGUCGCGCUGGGUCCACGAACCCUCGGGGAGGGUAUAUAAUACUGGUUUCAACGCUCCCAAGGCACCCGGGAAGGAUGAUGUGACAGGGGAGCCGUUGACGCAGAGACAGGAUGAUUCGAUCGAUACAUGGAAGCAGCGGUUACAGAAGUUUGAGGAGACUAGUAAGGAUUUGCUGGAGCAUUAUGGCCGGCAGGGGUGUUUAUGGCGGGUUGAGGGGGAUAGCAGUGAUGAGAUUUCGCCAAAGCUUUUUGCGGAGAUUGAGCGGAAGUUCUGCUAGUUUGGGGGGGCAGGUUGCACAAUGAUUUGCGCUUUCUUGGGCUUAUUUUGUUUCUCCUAUUGGCAUUAUGCAUCGUCCUUUAGCAAGGCGCUAUUGGGUUACGUUCGUUGAUAUGGGACGGCUAUCAUGGAUUUGGGUGGGAAAGUCUUUCGGCAAUGAGAUUGAGGGUUUAUAUUGCGUAUAGCAUAGAUGACAUGCAUUAAAUCUAUGCACUAUACAAUACAAAAGAUAUAUGAACAAUCAAUCCUCAUAAUACAUUAGUACCG